AUGAUGCUCCGGAGACAGAACCUCCAACGCUUCCAGAGCCUUGCCCUGGCACACACAUCCCGAACUCUCGCAUCAACACCGCGUUACGUCUCACAGAGCGCACGACAGAAUGUCUCCGUCCCCGCCGACUCAUCACAAGUUUCGACUGCACAUCUCCUGUCCACACAGCCAGAGUCACAGAUAGCGCAAACGAAAGCAGUUCUCGGCCGCCUACCCACAGAGACUGUCCUCCGCUCCUACCUCAUCACCGCCGUAUCCUCAAGGCCUCUCCUACUCAAUGCUUGUUUCGGGAUCCUGAGGCGUAUGCUUGACUCCAAGUCUUUCCUUUUGAGCAUCGAGCGCAACCCUGUAUUGUCCAACUUGCUCAAGAAGACAUUCUACGCGCAAUACUGUGUUGGCGAGAAGAAGGAUGAGGUUGUCAGGAACACUGAAUUCGCACGUACGCUCGGUUAUGGUGGUAUCCUGUUCGAGUAUGCGCUUGAGGUACUUGGUGGAAAAGCGCCAACUGCCGAGGAAACCAAGAUGGAGAUUGAAGUGUGGAGGAAGGGAAUGCUACAGAGUGUCGAUAUGGCCAAGGAAGGCGACUUUGUUGGACUAAAAUGGUCCGGUCUCGGUCGCCAUGCCCUCAACCUCCUCCAGAACCAACAAGAAGCCACUCCCGAAAUGUGGUCUGCUAUAACUGCCGCUUGCGACGCCGCCGCCGCGAAAGGUGUGAGCCUCCUACCCGGCGCUGAAGAAGAGGCCACGAACCUCGGCCUCGAGAAAUGGACCCUUGCCCUGCAAGAAAAGUACAACAAGCCCGAAAAUGGUCGCGCCGUCCUGUACAUCACCUACCAAUGCUACCUCCGCGACAUCUCCAAACGCAUGGCUGCGCACCUUGAGCGCGCCUCAAAGAAAGGCUAUAUCGCGGGUGUCAAGCUUGUCCGCGGUGCAUACCUCACUUCCGAACCCAAACACAUCACCUUCGACACCAAAGCAGGAACAGACGCCAACUACGACGCCUGUGCCGACGCUGUCGUCCGCCAACAAUGGACCGACAAAAUCCCCGCCCCUACUCCCGGUACUCCCUUCCCUCGCGUGAACAUCGUCCUUGCAACGCACAACCUCGCUUCCGUCCAAGCCGCCCAGAAGAUCCGCGCCGAGCAGAUGCUUACUACGUCGCCUGACCAACUUCCCCGUCUCACAUAUGCACAGCUGCAAGGUAUGGCGGAUGAGAUUUCUCAGGCCCUGGUUCAGGAUGAGACUAUGAAGGCGGAUACGCAAGCCAAGGUUGUCAAGUGCAUGACUUGGGGUACUACGACUGAGUGCCUCAACUUUUUGCUCAGGCGCGCAAGUGAGAACAAGGAGGCGGCGCUGCGCACAGAGGAUACCCGCAAGGCGAUGGCUAAGGAGCUUUGGAGGAGGAUGAGGGGUGUUUUUGGUCUUGCCUAA